GGAGAUUCGCUACUCGACUGCAAGUCGUGCUCAUCGCGAAAGACAGUACACCCGGAGUGUUGGCCCAUUCCUAUACCCAAAAACGAUCCCUUCUUUCCUCCCGUUAACACUACAACUGGUGUCAAACAAUGCCUGCAUUUUGUUCGCUCACUCAAUGGCCAGACAACUCUUGGGCCGCGCGAACAGAUGAAUCAAGUGACCGGUUAUAUUGACGGCAAAAAUUACAUGUUAAGCACUUUGCGUUUAGGAUCCAAUGUCUACGGAUCUGAUAUAUGCGAAGCCAAUAGUUUGCGUACAUUUCAAAGCGGAAGAUUGAAUUCAACUAAAAUGGUUGGACUUAAAGAUUUGUUGCCACAAACUGCCACUCAUAUUGAAUGCAAGGCUCCGUCGGGUCUUUGUUUUAUGGCCGGCGACAUGAGAGCGAGCGAACAGCCGAGUCUGGCCAGCAUUCAUACAAUGUUUAUGCGGGAACACAACCGUCUCGUCGACGGCUUAUCUAAAGUGAAUCCUCACUGGAAUGACGAACAACUAUAUCAUAACGGAAGGAGAAUAUUGUCUGCAAUU